AUUUAAUUAUAAAUUAAAAACAUAUUUUUUACGCACCAUUAAUCUCUUAGAGACCUUUUUGAUUAAUUAAUAAUUUGAGAUAACGGAGUAAUCGGUACUUGGAGUUGGAUAACCGCUUCUGUAAAACUUUCGAGUACACAGAAACAAUCGGAGAAGUGUAAAAAUGGCACGAGGACAUCAAAAAAUUCAAUCGCAAGCAAAAGCUGCUGAGAAAAUGUCGAAAUUAAAAAAACAACAGGGCCACAGUGCUAAUGAACAAAAAAAAGCUGCACAGAAAGCACUUGUUCAUGUUUGUGCUGUUUGUAAAGCUCAGAUGCCAGAUCCCAAGACGUAUAAACAACAUUUUGAAAAUAAACAUCCCAAGAAUGACAUGCCAGAAGACUUAAAAAAUAUAUGAAGGUGAUAUUUAUUAUGAUUUUCAUUGUAACACAAUUAAGGCGAAUUAAGUAAACAAAAUAAUAAAAAAAAAAAAAAAA